CCGAUCCCAUCCCUCCCCUCGUCUCCCUCCCAAGCCCAACCCAGUUCCUCUGCCCUCUUCUUCGAUCCCGUGGCCGCCGCCGCCCCUCAUCUCCACUGGUGAUGGGCUUCCCCGCCGGCGACCUUGCUGCCCUUCUCCCGCACCGCUGCCGCCCCCACUCUCUCGCCCUUCCCCAUCUUCUAUCUCUUCCCUUGGCCGUUGCGCGACUAUGGAGCAAAAAUCUAUGACAUACCGGCACCAACCUCGCGCGCUGACGAACGGACCAAUCCCAAAUCCCUCCGACCCGGAUCCCGCUCCAUGCGGCCGCACGACGGCGAGGACGACGGUGCCGGCGCCGGCGACCGCAACGAGCGCCUCUUUGCGGGCAUGCGCUUCGCGCUCGUCGGCUUCGACCCUGCCUCCGAGUCCCAGUACCUGUCCGAGAUGGUGCGGCGCGGCGGUGCCGAUGCCGACGGGCACGGCGCGGCAGGGUGCACCCAUGUCAUCGUCUUCGGCCUUGUCUACUGGUGUUUGUUCUUCAACUGAAAUGCACGCAGGAUGAUCCAGUGUGCGUGGCGGCGCGGGAGGGCGGGAAGAAGGUCGUAAGUGAGCUGUGGGUGGAUGAUAGCCUGGAUGCCGGAGUGAUUGCCAAUGCCGAUCGGGUACAUGGAGGCCGGGAGCGCCAAGGCGCACCUCACGGACGCGGACGUUGAUCAUGGUGUACCAGCUUUGCAAGGGCGUUGCUUUAUGCCACGGACACAGUGUCCGGCACCAUGACCUCGACCCACACAACCUGCAAAUUGGUGAAUGGGGGAUGUUACUGUUAAGUCAAAAACCUGCAUUGCAAGAUAUACUGCAGUGCAUGUCCUUGUGCAGAGGACAAGGGUGUCAUGGCCAACCAAGGCGCAUGGUGCUCGCAAGCGACGAGCAGAGGUUGUUUGACAUCGGCACAGAGGAGGAGGACGGGCACAGACGGAGGACAGAGCACCUCUCUUCUUCCAGGUUAGUGAGAAGCUUCAGGAGGAGCUCAAGCACGGCCACCAACAGGCACCACCGCAGCAACAGGGCAACUGUGGAAGGCAUGUUGUAUUUCUGUCAGCCCAGUCCUGACUAUGUCUGUCCGUGAGUCCAACAUUUGAUCGCUGUUGAAGGAGCUCCAUGCUGAAGAAGAAAACACUUGUAGAGCUUGUAACAUUACUUGGAGAGCUUGUAAAGUACUGUAGAGCUUUGCAUUUGUAGAGCUUGUAAAGCAUUGUAUAUGUUAGAGCUUGUAUUACGUGUCAUUUGUAGAGCUUGUAGUGAAUCUGGCUAUUGUUAUUUGAAUAAUUAUGUGUGUUUUCUGCUUGCUUAUUUAAA